CGAUCACCAACAGAGGGCGUUCUUCUGCCCGGCGGUCGAAUAUCUGACUCGAUAGUCAAGCCGCCCGGCCGACGAAGUAAUCCAGCUCUAUUUUUCUUGCCUAAAACACGGGGAAUUAACCCCAAAGUUAUUUGCUAUACAAACAUGGCAAGUUCUCUGACGCACGCACAAAGAGUUCUCCGACUUUAUAAGAAGUCAGCAAGAAAUUUGCAAUCUUGGAUUACACACAGGUCAACCUUUCGUUAUGAGGUCACACUACUGAGGGCGAGGUUUGAUGAGCACAAGAAUGAGACAGAUAUGAAGAAAGCAGUCCGACUUCUUCAACAGGGAGAGGAAGAACUAUGGCAAAAACAGCAUCCACAGCCGUACAUAUUCAUUGAUUCUCCUGGUGGAACACGCUAUGAACGCAAUAUCCCUGCGCCAGAAUGGGUUCUGAACUACUGGCAUCCGUCAGAAAAAGCUCGCUACCCGACCUACUUCGCAAGGCGAGAAAAGCGAGUUUUGGCCGAGCAAACCAGAUGGGAAGAGCUGGUGGAAGAAGAGAAGCAACUUCUAGGACAGGGAGCUAACCAAAACAAACCCCAAGCCUCGUGACCUUUGACAUAUGACCUCUGACCUUUAAUAGGAUAUGACAUCACUGUCCUGUAAAUAACAAUUAUGGAGUCAUUUUACUUUAACUUGAAUCAAUCCGUUGUGUUUCACUUUGUGGUCUUUGCUCCCCCUGCUUGAUUGAAAAUGUAAAGGUUAGGUAACAAGCAAACAGGAGCAGGAGGGUAAUUUAGCUUGAGUUUGGGUUUGACAUGACAUGUUUUUAAUACCUUUCAGUUAUAUUGGACACUAGGAUUUUUCACAAAUUGAUAGGGUGAUGUGGUAAUUACUAGACUACCAAAAAAGCUUGAAGGAUUGCAUUAAUUUAGGAUAAGCGGAAAAGGUUUGAGAUAGUAGGGACGGGGUGUCAAAACAACAAUGAGAUACAGGUUAUAACCAAAUUGUCAAAAUCUCAUCUGAAUCAAGCAUUUAUGGCUAUGCGGUCAUAAUGUUGAAUAAAUAAGUCUUUUAGAUGGACUGGCGGGCCCAAUUUCUCAGAGAUCUGCAUAACCAGCAAAUAGUGACAAAAUAAAAAUGUUCUGCUAUGCAAAAAUAUAAGCAGGAUACCAGUCACAAGGAACGAUUUUUUGGCUGGUAAUAGUUAUUCCUAUUUAUAAGUAGAUCGAUGACAUUGGGCCAGGUUCCAAUUACAUUGCUUGGACAAUUUUCUGCUUUGCAGAAAUGAGCAGGAUACCAGUCACAAAUGGUACAUGUACAUGGUAGUUUGGCUGGUUACCUCACUUUGGUAAGCAUAAUUUUGUUGUGCUUAGCAUCUUCUUUAUCUUUAGCAAUUUCAUGAAAUCGGGCCCUGGUCAUUACCUCUUCCAAUACACAAAGUAUGACGGCUAUGAAAGUCCAUGUUAAUUCUUGGUCAUUAAGAAAUGGCGGCCUUUAUCAUUUUCCAAUUACUAAUGAUGUUUAUUUCUUUUAUCAAUAAUCAUAUUAAUGCUGUGCUGUGUUUGAUUUAGUUAUACAACUACAGUUUGAAAUAAAACCACAGUUUGAUUGUUGACUUCACUCA